AUGAAUAGUAAUAAAAGAGUUACGGAUGAUAUGAUAGCCGAUUGGCUAGAAGAAAGCGACCAUAACAGUGAUGAUAACUUUUCGGGAGAUGACUCUGAAAUUGAAGAUCACGUAAGCAAUGAAGACGCUCAGGACGAUGUAGCAGAAGGAUACAUAGAAGACGAAAGUAUAGCUGAAGAAUUAGUGCCAUCUUUUGUCCCAGAAAAUAGUAAGACUUUGGAGUCAUCCAGUUCUGAUCACCGUAUCCUUGUCCCGGCGCGUCGAACAUUGAAGGGCAAAAACCAGCACUGUUGGUCUACUUCUAAAGGUGAAAGUCGAGGUGGAACCACUGCUAGAAACAUUGUGCAUACUUCUAGAGGCCCAACUAGGAUGUGUAGAAAUAUCUUUGAGCCUAGUUUGUGUUUUGAUUUAUUCAUCACGGAAGACAUUGUUGGUGAGAUCGUGAGGUGGACAAAUGUAGAAAUAUCUAGAAAAAGACCUUCUGUAAAUACCCACGCUACCUGCAGAGAUACAUGCUCCAUAGAAGUUAGAGCCUAUUUUGGUAUUUUGACACUAACUGCUGCAAUAAAAGAUAAGCACCUAACUGCAACUGAGCUAUUUGAUAGCACUUUUUCAGGGUCUAGAAUCAACAGUUUUGGUAGAACUGGAACCGAGUUGCUUCUCAAACUCUUCCAUCCGACGAGUGAUUAUCGCUUCCAGGGACCUCUGAGAUUCGGCAAUGUCAGCAAUUGUGGCCAUAGUGUUGUUAAAAGUUCACAAAGUGAUUGUAGAAAAAUUGUGCUCCAGCAGUUUGGUGCAAUGAAAAAAAAAACUAUUGCAUAA